GCAACUGUCAAGUCAACCUCGAGCCGCCAGUACGCAUGGACUCACCCUGUCGGCCAGAUCGUCGGAACGCAAUAGGUUUAGAGUGAAUUGUGCCCAACAAUACACAUAUCUGGAGGGAAUCUUGCCUGUAGCAGUCCGGAUGUUGAACAGCAAUGGUGUCACUCAUAGACAACAACGUCUUUUCUCCCGUGAGAGAAGACAAAAGUCGCCGAAUUGCUUCGACGAACGGGCAGCUCCCUACAACUAGUGGUGGUAAGAUGGCGUUCGUUAUGAAUUCAAAUACGUCGAAAGAGUGUGAAAUCUGCAAUGAGGAUUUCAGCGAGGGCAACCAUUGCCCCAAGGUCCUCCCUUGUUCCCACUCCAUUUGCACUCUUUGUGUGGAGCAGCUCAUCGCGGGAAAUAAGACGAACUGCCCUUUUUGCCGGAAGGCCUUUGACGCCAACUCUGCUAACGACCUCGGUACGAACAUUGGUCUUUUAAAGCUUCUGAAAUAUGUCAGCGAACUGGAGAUUUCCCUGAAGGCGACGCCUACAAGCAUAAAAGGCAAGCGUACCUCUGCCUUGCUGAAGAUGUACAAAGCAGAGAACAAGGAAAUCUAUGACGAGAGCGCCGGCCGGUGCACCAAGGCAGUGCAUUACAUCAAGAGGUCGAUCCGGCAAAAUUCGAGCGUCCGAGAUUCGCUAAUAGAACUGACGAAGAUGAUCAGAGAUGAGAUCUAUCCGGCCCUGCAGGAAAUCGAGCACAGGGCAGAAACCCACAUCGGAUUUCUGGGCGAGGAAAUCGACAAGAUGCAGAUGCAGAUGAAGGCGGUUUCUAGGCAGAAGGAAGCCAUCGGAGAGGUUGAGGACAAGAUGCAGGGGGCGCCCAGUUUUUCCCACAUCGACCCCGUCCUGGAGGAGACUGAGGAAAUGGUCGCCAGGACGAAUGACGUCAUGGGAGACCUCAAGAAGUUCCUCAUCAAGAACAAAGAGACACGAGAGGAGAUUCAAAAGAGAACGAAGAAAAUCGUGGACAUGGUGACCGCGGUGAAAGAUGUCCUGAUUCCUGAUAGCGAAAGACAAGAAGAAGACCUAGAAGAUGACCUUGACCUUUCUUCCGAGAUGGUUGCCAUGGCAACAGAAGAGGAUGUGCCUAAACAUUUAAAUAUCAGAUACCUGAAGCAGAUGAGGAAGCCGGUGCAGAGCAGCCUUCAGAAGGGCAGGAUACACGCCGUUCAGGCCCAGCAGGGGAGGAAGAGGUACGCGCAGAUCACCAUCAAAGGGGACAACGAAUUCUGCCUCCACCAUCUCAGGGAUGAAGCCCCCAGUUACGAAUUCCACACUGUCGAUUAUGAUGAGCUGAUGGAAGAGAUCAACACUGCUGCCGGACUGACAUUCUUGGAACUGGGCAUAGGACAGGACUAUCUCGGACGUCUCUUAAUUCGCCUCUCACUUCCCAGUACAAAUAAGGCCCAUCAUUUCUACUUGCUGUGCACAGGUGAGAAGGGACCAUCCUACGCCAACACCAACUGCUUGAAGGUGUGGAACAAGGGCGACGACAAAACAGAGUUCGCUGUCUUUGGUGACUACGAGGAGAACGACGGAUCUGGCGGGAAGGCAAUCAUUCCUGGUGUAGACUGGGAGGAAGAAAACCAAAAGGACGAACACAUGAUGCCAUGGGUCGAAGGACUGGUUGGAGGCAAGUCAACGGAAGCCACCGCUGCCAUGUUUGGCAUCUUCCUCAGAGAUAAUCCUGGCUCAGAAUUGCCCGGAUGCUUUGGGAAGGUUGAGAAGGGACUGGAGGUCCUGACGGACGCUCUUGACAAAAAUCCCGACGUGGGGAAAUGUCGAAUUGUCGACUGUGGAAUUGUGUUUUCAAUGUGAGUGAUGUUACAAACGGUAAAUCUGACUUUCUAGUGAUGCAAAAGCUGUGAUAUGUAGAUACAGCAGAAGAGAUGUUGUAACUAAGAUUUUUUAUAUAUAUUUUCUAUAUACUCGUACAUUUCCAACUGGUAUCUUAAAGUCAUACGUACUUUUCAGUUAGAGUAAGUAAAGAUAGCUAUUCACAACGCUACGUAGGUACUAAGAACAUUUUUAUUUUUUCCUUUUUUGGGGGGUAUUAUGUAAUACAUUUCACAAUUAACAGAGUUCAAAUUUUGUUCAUUUUGCUAAAAAGUGAAAUAAGGGCUAAGCAAUUAUAAUUAUUUGUUCUCAUGAUAAUAAUCACACAAUGUUCUUUAUUUACUUUUAAACUAAGUAAAAUGGCAUUUGGUUCCAUAUGUUAUUCUCUUUAUUAAAUGGAGUCAAGCA